AUGUUUUUUUUUUUCUUUUUCUUUUCAUUUCUUCCUCUUCUCUUUCCUAUUCUACCCACACCCCCCUACCCGUCCGUUUGUUGCAAUAAGAAUUCCUUUCCUGCCUGCUUAAUGUCUGACGUUUUGUCCUACUUUCUUUCUUUCUUUCUUUCUUUCUUUCUUUCUUUCUUUCUUUCUUUCUUUCUUUCUUUCUGUCUUUCCAUAAUAUUCAUUAUCUCUCUAUCUCAGCGUAUUCAUUAUCUAUCUAUCUAUCUAUCUAUCUAUCUAUCUAUCUAUCUAUCUAUCUAUCUAUCUAUCUAUCUAUCUCAGUCUGUUCAUUAUCUAUCUAUCUAUCUAUCUAUCUAUCUAUCUAUCUAUCUAUCUAUCUAUCUAUCACAGUCUAUUCAUUAUCUAUCUACAUAUCUAUCUCAGUUUGUUCGUAUCUAUCUAUCCAUCUAUCUAUCUAUCUAUCUAUCUAUCUAUCUAUCUAUCUAUCUAUCUAUCUCAGUCUGUUCAUUAUCUAUCUAUCUAUCUGUCUGCCUCUCUGUCUGUCUGCAUAUUUAUAUAUAUAUAUCUUUCUUUUACUUCUUUAUUUUUUCUAAUUAA